GCUUCGUACCAACAGGAGCGGUGGGUUGACUUGUGUUCACAUUUCGAUUGUAUCACCUCAGUAGCAAAGAAAACCCGUACGGUGUUGUUGUCGAGCGCGCGCGUCCAACUUGUUGGUGCGGUCAAUAAAAUUUGUUAUUGUCAUAAUUGUUUUUAUUAUUAUUUAUAUACAGUGUUUCUGUUUCCAAGCCGAAUGUUAUAUGUUAUGUAGUUCUAUUGUUACUGUUUAACGAAUAAUUUUUAGUCUUCGAGGUCUCACUGCAUUUUGGUUUUGGACAUUAUCAUGAGGCGCACGUGACCAUCAUUGGCCCGAGAUCUGGCGCCAUGGAUGAUACAUUUCAUAGUCAAUUUUUUAUUGAUCUAAAAAAAUGAUGACUGAUGUCAUCACAGAAUGUCUGUUAGAAAUUUAUAAAGCACCAUCAUAUAGAUGAAGAUUUCUCUUGUGUGGCAAGUUUGCCUUUUGUUGUGCAUAUCACUAGUGUUGUGCCAAGAUCGUACUCACAUCAAUGCUACAAACAAGGAAUCUUUUCUACCAGAAUAUUCAAAAUUUCAAAAUUUGGCCAGCUCAACAUCUCAAAAAAUAAUUUCACUCACUCGCGAAGAUCAAAUUGAAGACGAAAUAAGUAGUAGACUUACUACUACCGAAAAAAAUGAAGAAAAUAAGAAAUUAAAAGAUAAUGAAAAACCAAAAGAAUUUACAUCUACAAAAAUAGAUGAAACAAGUCCUAUAACUGUUAAAACUAAUUUAAACACAUUAAUUAGAAGAUAUAAACCAUUGCCGCCAUCGUCUAGUUCAAUUAAAACUGAUGUGCCUGAUGAUGAUGUUGAAGAAGAAAAAGAUUUUACAACAUCUUUUGAAGGAUUGUCUAUGAGACCAUUAGUCAAUAGUUCUGAACGAAAACUUAAGCAACGUUUAGAUGGACUUAAAGGGGUCACAACGAAUAGAGGAAGAACCAGGUUCCAAGGUGACCCAGGAACAGAAAUUCCAGAAAUUGUUACAGCAGCGCGUUUUAGGAAACCUACAAGGUUAAAAAUUGUAGAACAAAAUUCGAAAGAUGAAGUAGAUUCUACUUUAUUGAAUGAUGAUCCACUUGAUGUAACUACUGUUAUAACUACUCUAGAAGAUAGACCUAAAUUUAAAAAGCCUCCUCUAAUAGCUACGCAUCAUUUAAAUUUUGGAUCUACAACAGAAACAUCUAGAAAACCUAACCUUAGACUAAAUUUAAAUUUGAAACAAAAAAUUGCUUCUUCUACCAUUAAAACUAAAUUACCCGAAUUGGAUUUGAACGAGUCUGAUACUACUUCUGCAAAUAAAAAAUUACUCGAACCACUAAGUUAUAAUCAAAACAACAGUUUCAACACUAUCAAUUUUAAUGUGCAAAAAGAAUUGACGGCAUCACAGCAACCUAUACCACCUACUGUCACGGCUUGGGCUUUAGCGUCCCUAAAGGCGCCUAAUAAUAUAAAAAAAAAUAUUAAAAAAAACACGGAUAUAACAAAUGUCGAAGAACAAGUUGCUAAAAUUAAGCCAUUUAUUACGUGGUCUACAAGGCUCCAAAAAGUUAAUGAAAAUAAUUCAACUACAGCUAUGACACCAAGUGAAUCGAAUUCUACUGAAUUUAAUGACGUUUUUAAAAACAUUCCACUUACAGAAAUAAGCACAGAAUCGAAUCCAAAUAGUCAAAAAAUUGUUAUGCUAACAUCAACCGAAAGGCCAAAGCCUAUAGAAAAAUUUAAAGAGAGAAUUGUUGAGAUAAAUGAAACUGUUAUUAAUAUGUUGGGUAGCGAAACUGAUAAAAAUAAGUACGAGAUUUAUGGAUCUCAGAAGCCUGAAAUAGAAAAUACUACAACUAUUAUUGAAACUUUACGUCCAUCAACAUCUACAAUACCUUCAGAGUCGCAAGAAUCUAGCUUGCAUCUUGUAACUUCAUAUAAAUCUAUAUUAGAAAAUAAUAAUACCUCUGAAACUCCAGAAAAAACAUCCUCAGAAACUUUAAAAUUAGAAAAUAAACUGACCGAAAACUAUGAUACUAUUGAAAACAUUACUACGUUAUCCACUACUGACAAUAAAAAUAUAAAUUUAAUGAAUAGUACUGAACAUGAAAUACUAUCGGAAAUACUAACAACUACAUCAAUAAACAAUAAUACUUCAAAUAAUCUAUUUGAAUCUCUGGAAGAACAUUAUAAUGUCGUAAAAAACAUAUUGAGUACAACCGAAAAACAACCUAGCAGUUCAAUAAAAGAUGUUUUAUAUACUGAUGAUCUGGACCUUGAAAUGUUUAAUCAUUCAAGUACAACGGAGAAAUAUAUUGAAAACGUAAAAAACAAGUUGGAUGAAAAAAUAACGGAAGGGUUACAAGAUUCGUAUGAAAUGGUGGAUUAUACAUCAGAACAUCCAUUAUCUUCUACAGAAAGCAAUGUUGAAAAUGUGUCAACUGUACCUAAUAAGACGGCUUCAGAAGUAUCAUCUCAAUCUAAUGUAUUGUAUCAGACUUCAUCUCAAGAUACUCCUCCUUGGUCAUUUAAUGCUGAUACAUUUUCACUGCCCGAUAUCGACUUAAACUCUACUGAAAGGCACGAUGAUUCUGGAGAGGAUUUACAGAAAUAUACUGAAAAUCCUAAGCAAAGUUCUUUACCUUCCAAUAUACAGGAAAUAGAUAAUUCGGAAAACGAUGUCCCUACUUUUAUUAGUUCAAUUACUACGCCAAAUAGUACUUACAUGGCAUCAACUCCUAUGACAUUGACUACUACUUCUCAAAAUCUUUUAACUAUUCAAAAAUUAACUGUUAUUCCUACCACUCAUGUAAUUACUACGUCUUUUAUUACUACAUCCAUUCCACCCGUAACAACAAUGCCUUCGACUAGAAGUAGUAGUACUACCUUAGUAUAUAAAUCUACAACAACUACUUCUACUAUUAAUUCUCCUCUUUUUACUAUUGUAUCUAAAUCUACAACUACUUCUUCAAAUCCUAUUUCUACAUCUACAAUUGGAGAUGCUACUAGUACUACAACUACAUCAAAUCUUAUUUCUACAUCUACAAUUGGAGAUGCUACUAGUACUACAAAUACUUCAAAUCUUAUUUCUACAUCUACUAUUGAAGGUGCUACUAGUACUACAACAACUUCAACUACCACUUUUGAAACGAGCACUUCCACUGAAAGUAGCCUUUUACCUAAUAAUAAUAAUAGUAAUAAUAAGUCAACUAUCACUACUAUCACAACAUCAAAGCCUAUAGUUCUAAAUAAUCAUUCAUACUUGAAAAUUAUGGUAAACUCGACAAUAUCCGAUGUAUGUGAAAAUCGCGAUGAUUUUAAAAGUGCCAUUGUUAAACUUUUCGAAAGUGGAUCUCAAAAUGUUAGUUCUAUCGAUCAAAUUAAGUUUAUAAAUCUUGACGAACAGAUUUGUGAGGAACCUGAUGCUGAAAACUAUCCCGUCGGGAUUGAAUUUUAUUUAACAAAUUUUGAUGGUGACUAUAGUACUCUUACGAAUGAAGAAUUUGUUAAUUUAUUAGACAGACAUAGACUGGAUUACAAGUUGGACGUAAUUGGUGUUGAAUACUUAAAAAGAAUGGCAGAAAACAACGAAGAACGAACUCCUAGUACGAAGACUGCUGUAUAUUUAUCCUGCGUGGUAGCUGUUUGUAUUUUACUUGUUGUAGUUUUAUUAUUUAUUCGAAAGCAACAAAAAAGAUUCAAUUAUGGACAAAGAUGUACCCCUGUAUCAUUAGACGAUUACAGUAUGGAUAAUAUUUCUGUAUAUAACAGUGUGAGAAGAAAAGGAGCACUCAGAGCGUCUAAACGAUCAUAUGGCAAUCCAGCAUUUGAUGAUCCAACCGCGGUACAUCAUCAGCUGAAUUUUGCGAAUCUUGCCAGUUUUGCGGGAGAUAGACCAGCCAUUGAUGAGGAGUUCUCCAACAUUCCAGUGAUUACUGUUAAACCAGAUGAGCUUCCAUCUGGCUGUGAAACUAAAAAUCGUUACGCCAAUGUUAUUCCCUUGCCUGAGACCAGAGUAUCUCUUACUCCAAAAGCCGGUGCUGGACCCAAUUCAGACUAUAUCAAUGCUAAUUUUGUGAAAGGCCACAAGGGAGCUGAUAAAUUUUAUGUAGCUUGUCAAGCUCCAAUGCAGUCUACUAUACCAGACUUCUGGCAAAUGAUUUGGGAGCAGAAUUCAAGAGUCAUAGUAAUGUUAACUAGUUUGACUGAAAAAGGAGUGGAAAAGUGUGCAGAUUAUUUGCCACCAUCUGAAGUUUUAGAUUGUCAUCGUUUAUUUGGCGAUUUCCAAGUCACUUUAAAGAAACGAGAAGUUAAAGAAAAAUUUAUUGUUUCUAGUUUACAACUUAAAAACUUGGAGUCCAACCUAUGGAGAGAUAUAACACACUUAUGGUAUGGUGGAUGGCCAGCUCAGGGUGUACCAUCCGAUUGUAGUGCCAUUAUAACUUUCCUGAUGGAAACUCGAUUAUAUAUGAAGGGUAACAUGGGCCCUCACGUUGUACAUUGUAGUCCAGGUACUGGAAGGACUGGGACCAUAAUUGCUUGUGAUAUAGCUAUCCGUGAUUUUGAAGUAUCUCGAAAUGUUGACAUACCAAAAACUGUAUAUGAAAUUCGAAGAUGUCGGGCUGGUGCUGUACAGACAAGAGAUCAAUAUGCUUUUAUUUAUAAGAUGGUCAAUAUGUAUGCAAGCAAACUAUCUGGAGGCGUACUGGACUCAAUUUAGAAACUUAGUCUAACUCAACUAUUAUUUUAAUACUUACCUAAUUGUAUAUUUUUUAUUUUAUUUAAUUGUGUAUCUCUCUUUUACUGCAAUAUAGACAUAAAAUAUGUCUAUAAUUACUGGAUUCA